AUGCCAGGACAUACGCUAAUGCUGAACAGGAGGGAGGUCUUGGUUGCGGGCAGAAACCUGAUAGAAUUCUCAAACUUAACAGCAAAAUUACAUCAAGAGCUUAAUUACGAUCCUUAUUGGGCUAUUAAUGAAACCUCAAGGAUCCUUUCAAAAAUUAGGGGAGUAGCGUAUGAUGAUGAUGACCUUGAAUGGUAUGACCUUGGAGAGCGUGAUAACUCUAUAGAAGAUAACGCCCCUAAUAGGGAUGAAUUAUAUGAAAGGAUAGGAAAAGCAUUAGCCUUUUUAAAACAUAAACAUGAUAAUGAAACACCAGAAAUGUGGUACUCUCGUGUUCGUGGACCAUUUACAGAAGAAUUACCAAACAAUCCAAACAAUCCCCAGACUUUACUUUAA